CCCGCCCCUUGUCAGUCUAGCAGUGAAAUGCGGAGCGCGAUGGACUACUGCGUCUAAUACCCAAAGAUCCGAGGGAACGAGGCGAAUGGACGUAUUUCACCCAUCAUUCACGCACAGAUUUCUUCAUUAUCUCGCGCACCGACAGCGUUCAAAAUGCCUUUUCCACCGAUAAACCUGCACUCACGGAUAUCAUCGCCUAGAAAGGAGCUGUUCAGGAAAAAGAAGAGCAGGGACAAUGUCGCGCCUCCUCAACCCACGUACAGUCAAAGGACUGGAGACGACAAGGAAUCGGAGAAAGAUAAACUAUCCACAUCGUGUCCAUCGGCCAAUCUAAAGCAGCUGGGACGAAGCAAGCCGACCAGAGUCCCUCCAGAUCCUGAGACGGACAGCAAACAUUCGUGGUUGAGCGUCCCCAAGCCCUUGGCUACCUCAUGCGAAAGCGUCCCGCGAUCCAGUUCUGGAGAGUCCAGCCAUAAAUACGCCUCCAGGACCUCUCUAGCAAAAGAAGGCGGCGAGCAAGAGAUCCACUUCUCCCUCAGCCUGACCCCCGAAGCCAUCCUAGUCAUCCAAAAGCGCAAUCUGGAAAAGCAGAUGAUGGCCAAGCAACAGAAGUGCUGCGCAUCCGCGGACUUGAGACACCGGCGGGUUUUCCCAUCCAAGAGAGCUCAGGGCAGCUCCAGUAAUAAGAGCUCCGGACCUGUUGCCAAAUUGGACGGUUCCAAUGACAUAAGCACCAUUGUGAAGAUCUCCCUCCUCAACGAUCAGUACAAAUAUGAUGAUGUGGAGUACGAGGAAGAGGAUGGAGACGUGGACGAGACUGUCAUGCGGAAAUGUAAAGAGUGGCUCAAAGGUGUGGAAAGUGCUGCUGCUUUUGGUAAAGUGGAUAAACUGUCAUCUCUGCCUCAUAUUAAAAGCUGAUUAUUUGAACUCGGCCUACUUCAUUCCACAACGAAAGGUCCACUGUGAAGACUUCAGUUCACGAGUUAUGUGUCAAACACAAAAGUCACCUAAUUUGCUUUUAGAAAUAAUCUUGUCACAUAGAACGCGUUCUUGCGUUGGGCGGAGCGCAAUGUAAUAUAGAAUAUUGAGACGCCUUUGGUGCAUGUGUAGAUAGAGCAACAACUGGGAAAAAAACAGCGCAAACUACAAGAAAGUCGCGGUUUACAUUGACCAACAGUUAGACCAAAUUAGAGAAGAUUUAAUGAAAUAAGGCGUUAUAUGUGAAGUUAUUGGAAUGGAACAGAACGCAGAGGUGUUCUAAAAAAAAUGAUUGUUUUCACCUUGACGAGCCAUUUAAACCCGAUGGCGCAAGUCGCGAUGCACUGGCCAAAAACGUCCAUAUGACUCAGCGCACAUGAAGCAACAAUAAAUAAACAUGUCGGACUGAACGCAAGAACGCGUCCUUUGCGUACACACACUCAGCGUUCUUAAUGGACUGACUGGAAUGUUUUUUUCUGCAUUGAGAUGUAUUGCUGAUCACUCAGAGAAUUUUUGCAGGUUACCUUUACGCAUUGACUGAGAAGCAGUAGUGUUUUUGCACAUUGCUAUUGUUUUCACUUUGAUGGGCUGAAUGACAGAUGUUUGUUUCAAUCUGUGGAAGUAAUACGGAGAGAAGAGGAUGAAAGGCAUCCAGAGGCCAUGGUCCUUCCUUUGUGCCAGAAAACAAUAGCUAUCAAGGCGACACUGUCUGAAAGCCUUAGAAUAGACACUAAAUAUCUGAGACUUGUUAAAAGUUUGUGUGUAAUAUGGACUCGGUGACUGUUUGAUCGACGAACCAGCCGUGUACAGUAUUUAUUUUGCAACGUGGAGGUGUGUUUAUAUGCUGUGUGUUGUUCCAAUUCAUUUUUAAGGGUUCUGAUAAUAAAAUCGAAAAGACA